AUGGCAAACGCUUUCUUCGCUCUUUUACUGGAGUUCCUGGUCCUCUUCAUUCUGACCCUGGACACUUCUGUCCAAGGCUCCCAAUCUCAGCCUCCCAAGGGUAUCACUCUCGACGAUAUCUAUAUCGCCCACGAUGCCAGUGGCAAUCAGAAAUGUUGUCCACUGGGAACCAUCUUCAGCGGCCGAGAUUGCAUCUUCCCCGAAUCGCGUAUCUGUCCAUCCGGACUUGUUCUCAUCGACAAUGCUUGUGUGACUCGUGACCCCCCUACUUGCCCUCCAGGACUUGUAUUCAGAGGAAACGGCUGCAUCUCUACGCAGCUUCCAGUAUGUCCGUCUGGUUCCAUCUUCAAUGGCAAGCUUUGCGUCUCGACACAGAAUCCGGCCUGUCCUCCAGGUCUUUCCUACAACGGUGUCAAUUGUGUGUCUUCCACCACUCCAACAUGUCCUCCAGGUCUAGAAGUCCAGGGCCGGCUAUGCGUCCUCAAGCAGUCCCCAACGUGUCCAUAUGAUCUUCAUUUCGAUGGUAAAAGCUGUGUGGGCUCCAAACCGCCCACAUGCCCCCCCGGAACGAUCGUGAUGGAAGGGCUAUGCAUCUCAGAUAACCCUCCAUCUUGCCCUCCCGGUUUUGUGUUCCAAGACAAGAUCUGCGUGCACGCUGCAAAACCAGCAUGUCCUUCGGGAUCGGUCUUCGAUGGGAAAGUUUGUCGAUCAGAGAAUCCACCUCUUUGUGCUUCUGGAACAUUCGAUGGAAGGGUGUGUCGCUCAUCAGAAGCCCCAUGGUGCCCAGUCAAUUCACAAUUUGACGGAAUCGCUUGCGCCACGUCUGAGCUUCCCUCUUGUCCUUCCGGACUAGUUCUAUCGAGAUCCCCGACAGGAGAUGCAAGAUGCUGCUUACAGGGUCUUACCUGGGAUGGCACGUUCUGCGUUCUCGUCCCUAAGGACCCCAGCUCAUGUCCCCCUGGUAGCCGGUAUGAUGGCUACAAAUGCGUCUACACUCCAACUCAAUCCCCAUCCUGUCCUCCUGGUACGACGUCAAAGAACGGUGCAUGCAUCUCCACCAAACAACCCUCCUGUCCUCCCGGGACGACCUUCAGCGGAAACGCUUGCCUGAGCUCCGAAAUCCCAUCUUGUCCUCCGGGAACCACCUUUGACGGAACAAGCUGCGUGCAUCAAGAGCACCCAACCUGCCCUCCCGGUUCCACCUUAAGCGGACGAGCAUGUGUCUCACAAAACGAGCCUUCCUGUCCCCCAACCACCACAUUCAAUGGCCAAGUCUGCCUUUCCACCGAGCGUCCCACGUGCCCCCCAGGAUCAACCCAAACCGACAACAUCUGCGUCUUCCCAGAAGCCCCAUCCUGCCCCGAAGGUCUAAUUCUGAAUGGCGAAAGCUGUGUAUCCUCCCAACCUCCAACCUGUACCCCCGGGACAACCUUUGACGGAGCUUCCUGUAUCUCAAAAGACCGCCCCAGUUGCCCUCCAACUUUCACCUUCGAUGGUAAGAGCUGUGUCUCCGACGACCAUCCCACCUGUUCUCCAGGAACCACCUUCGAUGGCCGAUCCUGCGUCUCCCAGGCAAGACCAAGCUGUCCCCCUGGCACAUCAUUCGAUGGUGAACGUUGUACCUCAGCAAUUAAUCCCUCCUGUCCAAGCGGUAUGGUUUUUGAUGGUAAGACCUGCGUGUCAAACACCAGACCGACAUGUCCCCCUGGGACUAUCUUCGACGGACGCACCUGUGUGGGCGAUGCACGCCCUGCUUGUCCCCCCGGGACUACAUUCGAUGGUACGACGUGUGUUGCAGAUGAUCGGCCUAGUUGUCCUCCGGGAACAGCAUUUAAUGGCGAUGCUUGUGUGUCUAUCACCCCGCCUACCUGUCCCCCGGGCACUCAACUCGAUGGCACCAAGUGUGUGUCUACUUCCUCUCCGUCUUGCCCACCGGGUCUCUCGAUGGUAGGAAACACCUGUCAGUCUCUUGAUCGCCCUGUCUGCCCAUCCGGCACGACCUUUGAUGGUACGCGAUGCGCCAUGGGCGUGGCCCCGGAAUGUUACGAAAUGCAUGUUUGUCCUCCUAUUGGUACUGAGGGACUUGUUCGGGGAUAA